AUGCAUUUUCUUUGCCUCCAUGGUGCAGGGACUAAUAGCAAAAUCUUUGAGUUCCAAAUCGCAGCGUUACGGUACGAAUUAGGGGGAGAUCAUACGUACGACUUUGUCGAAGGUGUGGUGGCACAGGAUAGAGCACCUGGGAUCGAGAAUCUUGCCACCUCCGAGGAUUUGUGUUUUGCGUACUACAAACCUCACAGUACAGAAUCAUUCAAAAAGGCAGUUGACGACUUGGAAAAAUAUAUCAAGACCGACGGACCAUUCGAUGGGAUCAUCGCCUUCUCACAAGGGGUUUCAUUAGCGUGUGCUAUACUUAUCGACGAAUUACGGCACCGAGAAUCCGGUCUCCGAUGUGGGAUUUUCUUUUCCGGUCGGCCCCCUUUUAUCGACGCGGGGACGCCACCGACUCGCUAUUCCCACACCACCCCUUCCAAGACCAGAGAAGGGACAAUUAAUAUUCCAACUGUGCACAUUUGGGGAGCCGAAGACAAAAUCGAACCUGGUCAGGCUCUGGCGCUUAGCAGACUAUGCAGCUCGGAUAAUAGGUACGAAUACAUUCAUGGUGGUGGUCAUGAAGUACCAGGGUCAAGGGAUAAAGAAGGCUUAAUAGAGUCGGUCAAUGUGAUACGAUGUAUGUUAACUCAGCUCGGACGCAAUUGA